UCUCUGCUUGCUGAUCUGACGAGCAUCCACGUUUUGCUCGAGAUUAUUGUUAGGGAGCAGAGCAGUCAACAGAGGACUGGUGCCGGCCGACGUCUCCAUCGGUAUCUCUCUCUGUCGUCUCCGUCGAACUCGCAUUUCCCAGUAGUACUUGUAAGCAGCGCCAGUAGUAUUGUACUACGAAUCAAUCAGAGCCGAGCGAGGCCGGUCCGCCCCCCCUGCGCCUUCCCACGCCACUGCUUUUUCCUCGCCGUCGAAUCUUUUUCCUGCUCUUCACCGGUCAGGAUCACGCCGUUUUUGUCACCUUGCUCCCCCGAUCCUCCCUGCUCCGCUCUGGUUUCUCUGGAAUUCUUCUCUCCAUCCGUUCGAUCGUAUGGCUGGCCGAUGGGGUGGAGUUCCUGCCUUCCUCCCUUCUCUUGAUAUAUCUCCCACUCUCAGGCGAUAGCCGUUCGCGCAGUUCCUCAAGAAGAAGGGAGGCGAGGCGAGGCGAGGCGAGAUGGGCUGGGUUCUGCCUCUGCUCCGUGUCCUCUGCCUCUGCAGCCUUGUGGCGCUCGCCCGCCCGGCCAGGCCGGCCAACGUCUCCAUCGGCGCCCUCUUCACCUUCGACUCCGUCAUCGGGAGGUCCGCCAGGGCCGCCAUCGACCUCGCCGUCGCCGACGUCAACCGCGACGCCACAGUCCUCAGGGGGACGCACCUCAGCCUCGUCGCGCAGGACACCAAGUGCAGCGGCUUCGUCGGCACCAUCCAAGCGCUGCAGCUAAUGGAGAAGAAGGUGGUCGCGGUGGUGGGACCGCAGUCGUCCGGGAUCGCCCACGUGGUGUCUCACGUAGUCAACGAGCUCCACGUCCCGCUGCUCUCCUUCGCCGCCACCGACCCGGCGCUCGCCUCCGCCCAGUACCCCUACUUUGUCCGCGCAGCCCGCGGCGACGACUCCUCCCAGAUGGCCGCCGUCGCCGACAUCGUCACCUACUAUGGCUGGAGGGAGGUCACCGUCAUCUACGUCGACAACGACUACGGCCGCGGCGGCGUCGACGCCCUCGGUGACGCGCUCGAGGCCAAGCGCGCCAAGGUCUCUUUCAAGGCGCCCUUCCCUCCCGACGCUGACCAAGCCGCCAUCGCCGACCUGCUCGUGCGGGUCACCAUGAUGGAGUCCCGCGUCUGCGUCGUCCACGUCAACCCGGACUCCGGGCUCGCCGUCUUCGCCGCCGCGCGGUCGCUAGGCAUGAUGGCGUCCGGCUACGUCUGGAUCGCCACCGACUGGCUGGCCGCCGCCCUGGACUCAACGCGGCCGCCCAAUCCCAGGGCGGUGAGCCUCGUACAGGGCGUGGUCACGCUCCGCCAGUACACCCCGGACUCCGGCGCCAAGAGGUCGCUCACCUCCAGAUUCGCCGCCGCCCAGCUGAACCGGACCGCCACCCUGAACGCAUUCGGGCUCGCCGCGUACGACGCCGUGUGGAUGGCGGCCCGCGCCAUCGACGAGUUCCUGGAAGACGGGGGGAACGUCACCUUCUCGGCCGACCCGAGGUUGCAGCAGGAGGUGAACGGGACCAGCACGCUGCGGCUGGACACGCUCAGAGUGUUCGACCAGGGGGAGCAGCUGCUGCAGAAGGUGAUGCUCGCCAACUUCACCGGCGUCACCGGCGGCGUGCGGUUCUCUGCGGACUGCAGGAGCCUGGCCGAUCCCGCCUACGAGGUCCUCAACGUCGGCGGCACGGGCGUCCGGCGGGUCGGCUACUGGUCAAACCACUCGCAUCUGUCCGUCGCCGCGCCCACUCCACUCCGAAUCAAAACUAACAGCAGCCAGCAGCAGGAGCAGCGGCUGUACAGCGUGAUCUGGCCUGGGGAGACGACAUCGCCGCCGCGCGGGUGGGUGUUCCCGAAUAACGGUCGGCCGCUGAGGAUCGGCGUGCCGUACAGGACGACGCAGAAGCAGUUCGUGUCCAAGGACAGCGGCCCCGACGGCGCGAGCGGGUACUGCAUCGACGUGUUCAAGGCCGCCGUGGCACUGCUCCCGUACCCUGUCCCCGUGUCCUUCAUCCUCUUCGGCGACGGCGUCAAGAACCCCGACUACAGCGACCUCGUGAACAAGGUGGCGAACAAUGUGUUCGACGCGGCGGUGGGCGACGUGUCCAUCGUGACGAACCGGACGCGGGUGGUGGACUUCACGCAGCCGUAUGUGGAGUCCGGGCUGGUGAUCGUGUCGCCGGUGAAGGAGAAGAGCUCCAACGCGUGGGCCUUCCUCAAGCCCUUCACGCUGGGCAUGUGGGCCGUCACCGGUGCCUUCUUCCUCUUCGUCGGCGCCGUCGUCUGGAUUCUCGAGCACCGCUUCAACCCGGAGUUCCGCGGAUCGCCACGCGAGCAGCUCGUCACCAUUUUCUGGUUCAGCUUUUCAACAAUGUUCUUCGCGCACAGGGAGAACACUGUGAGCUCGCUGGGUCGUUUCGUGCUCAUCAUCUGGCUGUUCGUGGUGCUCAUCAUCAACUCGAGCUACACGGCGAGCCUGACGUCCAUCCUGACGGUGCAGCAGCUGUCGACGGGGAUCCAGGGGCUGGACGGCCUCCUCGCCAGCGCCGACCCCAUCGGCUACCAGGUUGGAUCUUUCGCCAAGAGCUACAUGAUGCAGGAGCUCAACGUGCCGGAGUCCCGACUCAAGGAACUUGCCAUCGACGACUACGCCGCCAGCCUCCAGCUCGGCCCGCGCAACGGCGGCGUCGCUGCGAUCGUGGACGAGCUGCCCUACGUCGACCUCUUCCUCUCCACCAACUGCCAGUUCAAGACCGUCGGACAAGAAUUCACCAAGAGCGGAUGGGGAUUCGCGUUCCAGCGGGACUCACCUCUGGCGGUGGACCUAUCAACGGCGAUCCUGACGCUGUCGGAGAACGGCGACCUCCAGCGGAUCCACGACAAGUGGCUCAACCCGGGGCAGUGCGACUCGUCGCAGGGCGGCGACGUCGCAGCCGACAGGCUCAACCUCAGCAGCUUCUGGGGACUCUUCCUCAUCUCCGGCGUCGCCUGCUUCAUUGCAUUGGUCAUCUUCUUCACCAGGAUACUGUGCCAGUACGGCAAGUACAACCAGGGCGAUGGCGAAGGUGGGACGCCGCCGGAAGAGUUCCCGGUGCGGCGGCCGGAGCGGCUGAGGAGCAUCAGGGAUCUGAUAACGUUCGUGGACAUGAAGGAGGAGGAGGCCAAGAGGGCCAUCAAAAGGAAGUCGAGCGACGACCGCCGGGACAGGUCCAUCGCCAGCUCCGGCGGGGCAUCCUCCUCCUCCGCAUCCACGGUGUAGCCAGCUUCUUUCUUCUCUUGAUCUUCAUUGAUCUGGUCGGGUCCAUGGAUGGAUUUCUAACAGCAUAGAUCGAUUGACGAUGAUGUCGAUUUGACAAGCUGCACUCCACAGUAAGCUAAGCUGGGUGCAGCUGCUGAGAUGACACUGUGAUAGUGUAAUUAGGCAAUGAUGAUAUACAUACAACAGUACUACCAAGUUGGAGAUGGCAUAGGUAGAUUAGAUUAACUCCUACUACUACUAUACAAUACUUUAAUUUUGUGGAGGUGAAGGGAGACAUUUUUUCUAUACAGAAAAAGGGCCGCAGUUGAAGGUUUUCUCUAA